AUGAUCCCAGCGACAGAAGAAAUUUUAGGAAACGACAAUGCGGCGCAGGAUCUGUAUGGAACUGGUGUCCGUGUGGGGCUUUAUCUUCAAUCUUCUGGUUUAGCUCUUUACAACUACAGUUCUGAUAAACACAGCCGCCAAGGCUUAAAGAUAGCAUCAGGAAGUAUCUGUAUAGCUAUCUUGUCGCCUUGGUUUGUUUUCGCUGCUCAGCAGGCCUUUAGCCCUUGUGAGGCUUUUAUUGUUCUAUUGAUGCUAUCGUCGCUGUUCCCACCUGGAUCCACAUUGCGCAAUAUUGACGAUGCCGUUGGACAACAGAUUCUUGGUUUGGUAGCAAUAUUAUUGUCGACUUUGGGAAUCUCUCUUGCCUUUAUCUGGACGUUUGGCAAACUGGUGGUCACGCUUCCAGAGCUCGGGACAAAAAAUGUGGUAUUUUUUUGUACAAGAGUAAGCCUCAAAGGAUGGUUCCGGUGGCUCGCCCUCACUUAUUUUAGUAUCGAUGCGAUUACCACCUUAUUCUUCUCCUUCAAACUCGUCAAGUUAAUCAAGCUUUCUUGGACUUUUCGAAGCCAUGGAGAUCUCAAGCUCCAUACGGAGAAAUGGUUUCCGAAAUUAGAGGGGUUGGAUCGGGCUAUACAAUGGGCUGUGCGGGUGUGGGUAAUAACGAUGAUUGAACUUACUAUUCGAUGGAAUCAUCUUGAGCCAGCAUCUGAUUUCCGAGCUCCAGGGCAGCUAAUCCCCCUCAUUUCCGGAAUCUUUAUCUUCAUCGACAGCCUUCUUGCGGCCGAUUUUAAAUCUAUGGCUCGUAGCACGGUUAAAGCGCUUACACCCGUCUUGGAAUAUUUAAAGGGUAUUCAGUUUCCGAAGAUCCCUCGAAAAAAACUAUAUUUUCCCAGCCGUGGUCGUCCCAAAGAGCAGCAGGGCCUAGACAAUACCCCUGUCAUUGCCUGA